CGGUACCACGAGCGUGACACCCGCGCAAUUUUUAUGAUCAUCGACAAUUACCGAAUUGAACCCUAACUGCAACUGCAAAGCUUGCCGGUUGGAUUCAGAUGAAAGGAAAAAUCUCUGCUCCUCUGAAAAUUGAAAAUUUCUAACUCUACAAUGAUCUGAGUUUCUUCCGAUCGAUCACCGUGUUUCGUCCAUGGCUAUCCAAUUCAAGUUUAGAAGCUCCGUGAACUUCGACUCGGUGGAUAUCCAAGGCCGACCUUCUAUAUCAAUUGGCGACCUUAAAUCCAUUCGCAUGAAGAACCUCGACACCUGCCAAAACUUUGAUCUCGUUUUCUCCGAUGCCCGAACCGGCCAAGAUUUGACCGACGAGAAACUUGAAAUUCCAAGUGGUUCAUGCGUGAUUAUCAAGAGAGUUCCCGCAGGAUCAGUUCCUUCCAAUGUUGUGCGUCACGACUUGUUUGGGAAUUUUCAAGUCAAAGACACUCACAUGGUUAAAUCAUCUCGUCCAGUGGAUGCGGAGACAGAAUAUUUUGAUGAUUUUGGCGUCGACUUAUACCCUAUUCGCAAAUCAAACUCAUCAAUUUCUCUCAAUAAUAAAAAUAAUGAUGCUGUUAGACAUUAUAAGGAGACCGAAAGAGGAUAUAUUCAGCCCGAAGGAAGUGGCAUUAGUGAGGCCAUUCAAGGAGUUGGAGGAACUGACCUGCAGACGAACAUUAAAGUUAAUGUUGGCGAGUGCAUUGGUUUGGAGAAACCAAUUGCACCGGUGAUUCAUAAAUGUGAAAUUCCUUCAGAUCUGAAGUGUACUCUUUGCAACUCUCUCUUUGUGGAUGCUGUAAUUAUGGGUUGCUGCAAGCAUAGUUUUUGUGAGAAAUGUAUUCAUCAUGUUUUUCUGCGAAAGACAAUGUGCCCUAAGUGUGCCUCAAGUAAAUAUGAACUAGGAGAUUUGUUGCCAAAUUUAUCUCUUAGGAAAAAUGUUGCCCAUUUCCUUGAGUCUCAGUUCCUGAUGGGCGAUUCAGACAAUAAUCAUGAAGCACCAGAUGAAGAAUCAAGAAUUGAAGGACAGGACAUGCGUUGUUUGACUUAUGCUACUAGUAGAGGUUGUAAUCAAGAAGUGGUGGAUGACGACCAUGUCUCAUCAAUAAGAAGAAAUAUGAUGGUUAAAGUUGAUAGAGCACAAUUUCAAUCAUGCCAUCAAGAUAAGUUCGGUGGACAACCUCUGGACCUCCCUCCUUUUGAUGAUUGUCAAGGGGAAAGCCAGCCUGUUUUUGGGGAUUUUAAGCGUGGGUUGCUGGUCAAUGACUUUGAUAUGCAAGGCAGAAUCCAAAAUCUCACAGAUUUUAGAAGACAUAAGAAGCGUGGCCGUGCUUGUUACAUGUGUGGUUCUCUGGACCAUCUCAUUAGAGACUGUCCAGUUGCUUCAAAGCCACAUCCCAUGCAUCUAAUGGGAGCUUUGCCAUAUUAUGCAUCAUCUUGGCCUCAUGUCAGUUCAUUUCCUAACUUAUAUGGUUGCCCCAUGUCUUUCAAUGCACCAAUGGUGCCUGAUGCAAAUUCUUACUGGGCAUCUGUUUAUGGUGGAUAUCCUGCCCCAAGUGGAUUCGUGGGCAUGAGAGACAUGAAUGCUCCACCACUUCGGAAGACUGAAGAGUUCUGUGCUGGUAAUUCAGAAUUUGUACACCUUAGUGACACAGAUAAAAACAGGACAAUCCCAGAAAAUCGUACCUGGAGGGUAAUGCCUUUCUCCAAUGAGGAUGGGAGUGAGGGAAAAGAUCAUGUUGGUAAGAAGAGAGGUCAACAUGAGCAGGAUGGAAGAUCAAGAGACUACAGAAUGUUCGUAGAAAAGGAACACCUGCGCAAAGAAAAUACCCAAGACGAAAUAAAUUGGCUCUAUGACGAGAAAAUGAAGAGUUCCCAUUCUCCUAAAGCUGCAAUGAUAAAUAGACUAAACGAGAGAUUAAAGUUGGAGAAAGACGGCUUGACUUGCAGCACCAAAUUACUGACUAAUGAGAGAACUGGGCAUUACCAUAGAGGCUUCAGGGAGGUUGGUGGGAGGACAGAUGAAUGUUGCAGUCAUGCCGAAUCGAAUGAGCAUAAAAGAUACAAACAAAAAGAAGAUAAAAUCGAUACAUUUGAUAUCAACUUAAAGUGUCAUACUAAGAAACAUCAUAGUGGCUCAAAGCCAGAUUUGGCACGUAGCUAUUCCAGCAAUCAGAAACUCCUACAAAAAGAUUCUGGUUUCAUCUCUAGAUAUUCCAAGCACAACGAGCUUGCUCAAUAUAAUCAACAAACUGUUGGUGGAACAGAUGAUAGUCGUGAAGAAUGGAACCAUAAGUAUAAACGAAAAAGUUUGGAGUGUGGAAGCUAGCGAACGAGGCUCUUAAUUCAUGGAGCAAUGGACGUUGAGUUUUGCCAAAUUUUUGUAAAGCUGAGAUUAUUGAAGCAGUUGAAGGUACGUUUCUAUGGAUAGAAUUAUGGGGGUUGAAAGCUUAUUAAAAAAUAAUCUAAUAAUUUAAUAGUUCAUAACGAGUGCGUUUAGAAUUCAUUAAGUGUUUAAUUUUUAAAUUAAGGGUUAAAAUCCUGUUUUGGUGCCUAAAAUUUGCCUCUUGUUUCAUUUUGGUCUGCGAACUUUUAUUUUUGGUCCUUGAACUUUAAAAAAAAAUUAUUUUGGUCCAUGCUGUUAAAAUUCCGUUAACCCUUUAAUGGAAUGAUGACGUGACUUUCUAUAUCUUGACGAUCAGAUUCUAGAUUCAUCGUAUUAAUUAAAUUGAUAAAUAAUCAAGAAAUCUUGUUAAUUUAUUCUAUAAAUCUUUUAUGCCAACCGAGAAAUAUGAUUAAUUAAUUUUUUAUUUUAUUUUUCUCACAUAUUCUCUAGACUUUCCAUCAUUUAUUUUUAUUUUUUAUUUUUAAAUUGAAAUCUUGAAGCAAGACAAUAGAACAACAUUGAGUAGAUAAAAAAUAUAGAAUUCAAUUAGAGAAAUAAAAUAAUUACAACAUUUGUUUAAAAUAAACUCUACAAGAUUGUAAAUAAGUAUUUAUACGUCUCAAGAAGGAAGAAAUAAUUAGGAGGAAUAGAAUAUAAAGCACAUGAAUGAAUCACAAAAAUAUUUAAUAUCUCAACCUUGAGGCACCUAUGAAUUGCAUCAAGCAUAGGAAAUGAGAAAGUGGAGUAGAAUGUGUCAAAAUGGUGGUGAUUAAAAUCUAGAAGACGACGACUUUUUGAGUUCUCCGAUCAAGUAUCAUUUUAUCAUAUAACCUUUCACUAAAAAUUUAAACUCUUGAUUAUUAAAAGAGAAAUUUUAUUUAGGUUAUCCAAAUUUAAAAGUCAUCACGUCAUUAUGUUAAAGAGUUAGUGGAAUUUUAACGGCAUGGACUAAAGUAUAUUCUUUUUAAAAGUUUAGAAACUAAAAUAGAUAUGUACAAAAGUUCGGGAUCAAGAUAAAACAUCAUAUAUAUAUAUAUAUAUAUAUAUAUAUAUAUAUAUAUAAUUUAGAAAUUAAGAUAUGAUUUUCUUUUUUUAAAAAGUCUAUCUUAGAAUUUGUUUUAGCCAUUAUUUUUUAUAAAAAAGUUUUAAAUAAAAUCGAAUUGUUUCAAAGAAAUUAUAAAAAAUAAAACAUUUUGUUUUGUUUCAGAGUCUAAUCAAUUUUUCUAUUUUGAAAAAGAUACCAUUUCUUAAAUCACUUUGGUUUUUUUUUUUUUUUUUUUUUUUUUUUUUUUUUUUUUAUUUAUUUUUUAUUUUUUAUUAUUAUUAAUUCUGUCCAAAUAGAUUCGGUUUGGGUGAAUGUUGACUUUACAGGGGAAAGAAUUUAACUUUUACCUCGGACCUUAAAUUCUACACCGAAUAGUUCUAUCCUUGAAAUUUAGAAUUUUGAUAUGUGAAUUAACUUAGGGCAGACUGAGUAGUGAAAAAAACAUUGUCCAAAGUCUUAUUUAUUUUUUUAACAAAAAAAAAAAAAAAAAGAAAAAACUAUUUUAAACCGACUUCUAAAAUGUUUCAAAAUUAUUUUGUAGUGGUGGUAAACACUCCCUAUUUUAGAAAUGGUUUAUUUUCAAGAUUAAGCCUUUGAUAAUAUUUAAACAUUUAGGCUCUUUCUUAAAACGCAAAUGUAAAAUCCUCAAACGGAGAAUUCUGAGUCGUUUUUGACUUUGAAGUACCUCUAAAAUAUGGAACAUCAUUCAAAAGAAUUACAUGAUAAGAUAAAUUUAGUUAUGUUCCAGUUGGAUUUUUAGAGAAGAUUAAUUGUAUUUAUACAAUUUGAUACUAAAAGGAACUCAGGAAAUAUAAUUAUAAAUAUUUAAUAAAGAUUAUCUUAACAAAAUAAAUUAAAAUAGAGCAAAAUAUUAGUCUAUAUAUGAUAGAUCGGUAUAUAUUACUAUAUCUACUUAGAUAGGCACAAAUCAAAUAUUAGUAGUCUAUUUUGUUAACCAUGCUCUAUCACAAUCACACAUAGACUGUUAUUUUGUUGUAAGAAUAAUAUGAUGGUAGUAAAGUUAGGUAACUUCACGAUUGAUGGAUCAAAUAGUUGACACAAUUUCAAUUAAUUGUCUACUGUGAAGUGAAUUAUUUGAUUGAUUUAGUCUAAGCAUGCUACAAGGCACAUGCGAUGUCUCGGUGAUAAUUUUCUUCUUUAGCUAUAUAUAUAUAUACUUUUAAUCCACUUGUUGUACUUCUAAUAGCAUGUUCGAUGGUAGAGAUUAAAAUGGUGAAUAAUUUGAGAUUGAUUCUGGAA